GAGAGCCAAAGAAUGGAUCUACCCCUCAACUUCACUGCUUUCUUUCUGUUCAUAGCCUUUGUUUUAACUUUGACCAAGGUAUUGAAGAGAUCAAAAACAGCCCAGAAACUACCACCAUCUCCAUGGAAACUACCUAUUAUAGGACAUAUGCAUCAUUUGUCAGGUUCUCCACCGCAUCAUGCUCUCAGAAAAUUAGCUCAAAAAUAUGGACCUCUGAUGCACAUUCAGCUAGGUGAAAUUUCUUCGAUUGUGGUAACAUCGCCCCGCUUAGCAAAAGAGAUUAUGAAAACUCAUGAUCUUGCCUUUGCAAAUCGUGGAGAAACUCUAGCGGGAAAGAUCAUGUUGUAUAAUUGUUCGGACAUCGCUUGCUGUCCAUAUGGUGACUACUGGAGACAAAUGCGCAAAAUAUGCACCUUGGAACUCCUUAGUUCUAAAAGUGUCCGAUCAUGUGGAUCUAUUCGGCAAGAGGAGGCUUUGCAUCUUGUCUCAUCGAUUAAGGCUCUGGCUAAUGCUGGAAAUUCAAUUGAUGUAACGGAAAAGAUGUCUUCAUACACAAGUGCGGUUCUCUACAGAGCAGCAUUCGGCAAAGUAAGCAAUGACGAUCAUUUUGCAUUCUUUCAGCUAAUCAAGGAAUCAUCUUCCAUAGCAAGUGCCUUCGAUGUUUCUGAUCUGUUACCAUCGUUCAAGAUUCUUCAUCCCUUCCUUUCGGUGAAGAAUAAAAUGCUAAAUAUCCGCUAUAAGCUAGAUAAAGUUCUGGACAAAAUAAUUGAUCAGCAUAUGGACAACUUAGCAAGAACAAAAAUAGCAACAGGUGCAUCGGACAAUGAAGACAUAAUUGAUGUCCUGCUAAGAGUUAAAGAAAGCGGUGAGCUUCAAAUCCAACUUACCAAGGACAAUAUCAAAGCUGUUCUUUCUGAUGUGUUUACAGGGGGAACUGAAACUUCAUCCGCAACAGUGGAGUGGGCGAUGUCCGAGUUGAUUAGAAAUCCAGGUGUGAUGGCUAAGGCACAGAGUGAAAUAAGGAAUGCUUUUAGAGGAAAAAACACGAUUGAAGAAACUGAUAUUCAGCAACUGGGAUACCUAAGGUCAGUGAUCAAAGAAACUUUGAGGCUACACCCUCCAAUCCCUUUGUUGAUUCCAAGAGAGUGUAGGGAGGAAUGUGAAAUCGAUGGAUAUAUUAUCCCUGUCAAAACAAGAGUCUUGGUUAAUGCUUGGGCAAUCGGAAGAGACCCCGAGUAUUGGGAUGAUGCAGAAUCUUUCAGGCCAGAGAGAUUUGAAAACAGCUCCAUUGAUUUCAAUGGAAGUCACUUUGAGUAUCUACCAUUUGGUGCAGGAAGGAGAAUUUGUGCAGGAAUUGCAUUUGGUUUGGCCAAUGUUGAGCUUCCUUUAGCUCUUUUGCUUUACCAUUUUGACUGGAGACUUCCAAAUGGCCUUGUUUCUCACGAUUUAGACAUGACAGAGACUGUUGUAAUGACUGCAUCAAGAGCAAACAAUCUUCGCUUGCUGGCAACCAUACAUGAUCCAUGAUCCAUCCCCUGAUUUGACAAACCAAUCACUGUAAACAAAGUAAGGCAUGCAUUUGAUUGGUAAUAUCUACAGAUCUUGGCAUUUGGUUGACUACAUGUACGUUCAACCUCAAGGUCUAUCUUUACAACCAUGGUAUGAUAAUCAUCUUUCUGACAGUAUUGUGAUCCUUUUUGCCUUGCGCAUUGCAAUAAUAUUUUAUUUUUUAUU